AUAAUAUUUUCAAACUCCCCUCAGGCCGGAGCGACAUUGAGAAGAUGACGGAGAGCACCGAAAGCUUGACGACAAUAUACUGAUCCUAACAAAAUACCCACUUCUAAUUUCAAAAUUACUAUCUUCACACUUCACUUUACUCAAUUCUGUGAUCUGUCAUCUCUUUCGAAAUUUUUCGUUUCAAACCAUUCUGUUUCGUUUCAGUUUGCAGCUAAACUGAUCGUUCGCAUGAAGUCGAUGGAUCCUUCAACUUUAUCAAUGAAUGCGAGCAGCUCUCAAACGAACCCACCUGAUGGGCUGGUGUUGAAGAACAAGUUGUGGAGUUCUAGAGAUGAAUCUAACAUGUCUUUUGCAUCGGUUCGUAUAGGAGACAAUAAGCCAUUUGAUUACUUACGUGUUUUACUCGAUUGUGCUAUAGCUGGAGGCACUGCUGGUGUUAUUGUUGAAGCAGUUUUGUACCCAAUUGAUACUAUUAAAACUAGACUUCAGGCGGCUCAUUAUGGAGGGCAGAUUGGUUUGAAGGGUCUAUAUUCUGGUUUGCUUGGAAAUCUUGCUGGUGUCUUGCCGGCUUCUGCAAUAUUUAUUGGUGUAUAUGAACCUGUAAAGCAGAAAUUGUUAAAGACCUUCCCUCAAAACCUUAGUGCUUUUGCUCAUCUGACUGCAGGUGCAAUUGGAGGUGCUGCUUCUUCUCUUGUUCGUGUACCAACUGAGGUCAUUAAGCAAAGGAUGCAGAUUGGGCAAUUCACCUCAGCUCAUGAUGCUGUUCGCCUUAUUGUUUGUAGGGAGGGCUUUAAAGGCCUUUUUGCGGGAUACGGAUCCUUUUUGUUGCGAGAUUUGCCUUUUGACGCUUUUCAGUUUUGCAUCUAUGAGCAGCUUCUACUCGGAUAUAAGCUGGCAGCACGGAGAAAUUUGACCAACACUGAAAAUGCAAUUGUUGGUGCUUUCGCAGGUGCCAUAACUGGUGCAGUAACUACGCCUCUUGAUGUGAUAAAGACGAGAUUAAUGAUUCAGGGAUCAGCGAAACAAUACAAAGGGAUUUGCGAUUGUGUUCAGACUGUUAUAAGAGAAGAAGGUGUUGCUACUCUUUUCAAGGGCAUGGGAGCUAGAGUAGUGUGGAUCGGUAUUGGAGGUUCAAUUUUCUUCGGCGUUCUAGAAAAGACAAAAGAGGUACUUGCUGAAAGGCGAUCCAAUGCUCAGGAUUCAAGCUCCUUGAAGGUGGAUUAACAAUCUCUUGUACGACCCUUUAGUUUUGAUGUGCUAAUGAUUCAUUUUCACAUCCCCUGUGCCCUUCUAGACCCAGGGGAUCAGCUUUCUCUUCUCUGUUUCUGCAGUUUCAUUUAAUUUCUGUUCAUGUUUCUUCUGGAAAGUUUUGUAUACAAAUUGUAGUUUCUAUUUAGCUAUUAAGGCACAUGUUAAGAAUAUUAAAUUAGACAAGUUCAAUUAAAUUAUGUUACGGGACAA